AUUAGACUGACCUGGAUUUAACGCUUUAUUAAGGAGAAUUAUAUUAUACAAACUCCACAAGCAUUGAAUAAUCCAAACAAGUUCAGUUAUGAAAAUGAUCAUCUGCUCUGGCUUUCCUGGGGCAAAAUGGACAAGUUUAAAAGUUAUCGGGGUGAAAAAUGUAUUUUACACCAGAAAGUCAAUAGCUGGGAGAGAGAAAAGGCGAUCAUGUUUGUUUUUUUGUAUGUGGAGGUAACAUAUUUGUUAGUGUGCACUUUAAAAGAAGAAAAUCAAAUGGUAAAUAGUGACUUUGAGGCGUGGUGCAGCAUGAUUGUACAUUUCUACUCAUUUCCCUGGAGCUGCAACAAUUACCCAAUUAAUCGGCAACUAUUUUGGUAUUCGAUUAAUCGUUUUUUUAUGUGAAAAUGAAAAUACCCUCUGAUUUCAGCCUCUCAAAUGUGAAUAUUUUUUUAUUUCCUUAGUGCUCUAUGAAAGCAGGGCUAUUAUCUAUGUGAUUUAGGCAAAACAAAAAUAGUGAUCAACAUUUUUGCCUCUUUUCUGAUGUGUUGCAGACCAAACCACUAAAUGUUUGUGUUUGGUUCUUAUUGAUAGUCCGUCUAGGGCAGGGGUGUCAAAAGUGCGGCCUGGGGGGCGUUGUAAAAAUAGAAUUUAACAAGAAAACUAAAACAAAAAACAACACACCAGCAAAAAUUGAUAAAUCAGCAGUAAUUUUAGAAGAAUACUGUCAAAAUAUUAAGAGAAAGAAAUUGCAAUUUAAUGAGAAAAAGUCGUUAUUUUCCGAGAAUGACGUAGUAUUAUGAGGAGAAAUAGCCUCAUUUUAGUCGCAUAAAGUUGAAAUAUUAAAGAAUAGAGUCAUAACGUUAUGAAAAACAAUGAAUGUCAUUUUUGGCAAAUUAGUUUGUGGAAAAAGUUAUGUUACGAGUCAAAUAAAGUCCAACUAUUAUGGGAAUAAAGUCAUAAUUAGAAGAAGAAAAUGUAGAAAGUUGAAAUAAUUGGAAAAAUGAACAAAAUAAAAUCAGAAAUGGAAAAAAAACAGCAGAAAAUUUAGGAGAAGAAGGGGAAAGAAGUCGUACUCUAACGAGGAAAAAGUCACAAACUCGUAAUAUGAGGAUAAAUGUCAUUUUAGUAGCGUAGAGUUUAAAUAUUAAAGAAAAAAUACGUUUUUAAGUCGCAGUGUUGUGAGAAACAAAACAAUGAAUGAUGCUGUCGUUUUUGGAAAAAAAAUAGGUUGCGGAAAAAGUUGUUACGGGAAUGGAGUGAAAAUAUUAUGAGAAUAAAGUCAUAUUAAGAAAAGAGCAUUUACGAAAUUGGAAGAAAGUUUAAAUGUUUAGAAAACAGUUUGCUGUCUUCUAGCGUCGCGUUGGCGGAUUGUCGGGACUUUGGCUCACGGAUGGAGCAGUUUUGCUUGAAGGUCAAGGUCCCUGAGAGCUUAAAAGUCACUGAAGUCCAAGAUCUUACAGUUCCAUUGUUACAAAUUGCAGUUUCAUAUAUUUGAAGGACUCCAAGGCAAAGAGGCGUUAAUGUAACUUUUUGUAUUAUGGCGGUACAUACUAUGCAAACAUAUUUUCCCCACAGAAAUGAUCAGUUCCAAGGUCAAACUGCCCCCUGGCUUGAAUCCUUUAUUAACUAUACAGGCAUUUUUUGUGUAAAAGUAACAUUUUUACAUUCUCAACUGUAGAGGUUAACGACUAUUGAAGUUUCAUGUAAAGCGUGCUUUUUGUUGUCGAAAGUCACCAUAAAGCAGAGGACAACGCUACAUUUAACGAGCCUUCUUGAUGUCCAACAUCAAACACGCUGCCUGCCUAUGAGCAACAUGUGACCUUAUGUUCAUAGAUACGUGACAUUAUGUUUAUCGCCAUAGCAUAAACACGCCUACGCUGUGUGCUAGGGGUGUCCCCAUCCGAUUUUAGCAGAGUGAUGUCGGCCGUGCGUAUUUUACGUUAAAGUCUGCCAAAAGACGUUGCAGCUGAGUGCAAACUUGUCACCCGUGGUGGCGCACAACAGGGGAAGUUUAAUGCGACCCACCUUGUCGCACGGGAAACUCCCACGGGGCAACAAGAAGUCAUUCGCUGUAUCGGAAAAGAUGACCGCCCUUGUUGGUGGCGGCAUGUUGCAGAUGGCCUCCCAGCAAGCCACGGAUGCGACCACGGGCACGUGCGCCGCGGCGGUGCACCACCCCAACGGGGACGCUCAUCGCGAAUGUCCAGACACGAUGAGCGCCACCGCGACUGCUACCGUUCUGAGGCUUCAUUUCUACCACAGCAGCCAGGGAGCGUCCGACUGCAAAUUCCUGGGCUACCCAGCUGGCGAUUAUGUGGCCGAGGAGCUGUGCAUCGCCGCCGCCAAAGCAUGCAGUAUAUCGCCUCUGUACUUGAGCCUUUUUGGCCUCUUCAAGGAGAGAGACCGCUUGUGGUUCUCGCCCAACCACAUUUUCCGCCUUGACGAUGCCGCCUCAGAAGAUGUGUUUUUCAGAUUAAGGUACUACUACCCUGGCUGGUACAGCGGUGGGGCAUCCCGGGCGUAUCGAUACGGGGUCGCAAAGGGAUCCGAAAGUCCCGUCCUCGACGAUAAUGUGAUGUCAUACCUGUUCUCUCAGUGGAGGAGUGAUUUUAUCAGCGGCUUGGUGCAGAUCUCAAACUCCCACGAGAUGCAGGAAGAGUGCCUUGGUAUGGCUGUGCUGGACAUGACUCGGACCGCCAAGGAGAGACAGAUGCUGCCGCUGGACAUUUACCACACUAUAAGCUACAAGUCCUUCUUGCCCAAGGAAAUGCGAGCUCAGAUCGAGGACUGCAACUUCCUGACGCGCAAGCGCAUCCGCUUUCGCUUCAGGCGCUUCAUCCAGCAGUUCGGUCAGUGCCGCACUACGGUGCGUGACCUCAAGCUCAAGUACCUCAUCAGCAUGGAGUCCCUGGAGAAGGCAUUCUACACGGAGACCUUCCAGGUCCGAGAGGUGUCCAGCGGGCAGCUCAUCAUCCUGGUGGCGGCAGACACUGGCAUCCAGUGGUGCCGGGAGAAACUGAAAGAUUCCGACCAGGAGCUGCAGACGCUGUGUGACUUUCCAGAAGUUAUUGACAUCGGAAUCAAACAGGCCAACAAGGAGCCCGCCUCCGAGAGCCGUGUGGUCACCAUCAACAAGCAAGAUGGCAAGAUCCUGGAGUUGGAGUUCCCCGGUCUGUCUGAAGCGCUCUCCUUCGUGUCGCUGAUCGACGGCCACUAUCGGCUCACCACCGAUGCGCACCACUACCUUUGUAAAGAGGUGGCGCCCCCUAGGCUGGUGGAGGCCAUCGCUUCCCACUGCCACGGCCCAGUCUCGAUGGAGUUUGCCAUUAGCCGACUUCAGAAAUCUGCAAAUAAACGUGGCCUGUACAUUUUAAGAUGUAGCCCAAAGGACUUCAACAAGUACUUUCUGACGUUCCCUGUUGAGGUGUACGAUGCUGUAGAAUACAAGCACUGUCAGAUAACCAGGUCUGACAGCGGGGAGUUCAACUUAAGCGGCACCAAAAGGAAUUUCAGCAGUCUGAAGGAUCUGCUCAGCUGCUACCAGAAAGAAACAGUGCGCUCUGACAGCUUCAUUUUUCAAUUCAGCAAGUGCUGUCCACCGAAAUCCAAAGAGAAGUCCUGCCUGCUGGUGUGCAGGAGAAACAAGGCUUCUGAAGUGCCUCCCUCGCCCCCCCUGCAGCGACACAACGUCAGCCAAAUGGUCUUUCACAAGAUCAAGAAAGAAGAUCUGGAGUUUAUGGAGAGUCUUGGCCGGGGGACAUUCACUAAGAUCUUCAAAGGGGUCCGCAAGGAGCUCGGAGACUACGGCCUUGUGCACCAAACCGAAGUAGUCAUGAAAGUCCUGGACCAGGCCCACAGGAAUUACUCAGAGUCUUUCUUUGAAGCGGCCAGCGUGAUGAGCCAGUUGUCCCACAAGCACUUGGUGCUCAACUAUGGCGUGUGUGUCUGUGGCGAGGAAAACAUCAUGGUGCAGGAGUUUGUGAAGUUUGGCUCCCUGGACACCUACUUGAAGAAGAACAAGAACUCACUGAACAUCCUCUGGAAGCUGGAGGUGGCCAAGCAGCUGGCCUCCGCCAUGAACUUCCUGGAGGAGAAGCGCCUGGUCCACGGAAACGUCUGCGCAAAAAACGUGCUCCUGAUCCGAGAGCAGGACCGCCGGGCCGGGAACCCACCCUUCAUCAAACUGAGUGACCCCGGCAUCAGCAUCACCGUCCUGCCUAAAGACAUUUUGAUCGAGAGGAUCCCGUGGGUGCCUCCCGAGUGCAUCGACGACCCCGCCAACCUAAGCCUGGCAGCAGACAAGUGGAGCUUUGGCAUCACGCUUUGGGAGAUCUGCAGUGGCGGCGAGAGGCCGCUAGCAGCGCUGGACGACUCCAAGAAAAGCCUCUUCUAUGAGGACCAGCACCAGCUUCCUGCGCCCAAGUGGACCGAGCUGGCCAAUCUGAUUAGCAGCUGCACCGACUACGAGCCCACGUUCAGGCCGACGUUUCGCGCCGUCAUCCGUGACCUGAACAGCCUCUUCACGCCAGACUAUGAACUCAUCGUGGACAGCGACAUCCUCCCCAACCGGACGGCAGGAUUCGGUUGGACGACGGGAGGCUUCGAGAGUCGGGAACCCGCCCAGUUUGAAGAGAGACACCUCAUAUUUUUACAACAGCUGGGGAAGGGCAACUUCGGCAGCGUGGAGAUGUGCCGCUACGACCCCCUGCAGGACAACACUGGCGAGGUGGUGGCCGUAAAGAAGCUGCAGCACAGCACCGCCGAGCACAUCCGGGACUUCGAGCGCGAGAUCGAAAUCCUGAAAUCUCUGCAGCACGAGAACAUCGUCAAGUACAAAGGCGUCUGCUACAGCGCAGGCCGACGUAAUCUGCGUCUCGUCAUGGAGUACCUCCCCUUCGGAAGCCUGCGAGAUUACCUGAUGAAGAACAAGGAGAGGAUUGACAACAAGAAGCUGAUGCUAUACACCUCUCAGAUCUGCAAGGGAAUGCAGUACCUGUCCAGUAAGCGCUACAUUCACCGUGAUCUGGCAACCAGGAACAUCCUGGUGGAAAGCGAGCUGAGGGUGAAAAUUGGCGAUUUUGGCCUGACCAAAGUCCUCCCUCAGGACAAGGAGUACUACAUGGUCAAAGAGCCCGGAGAGAGCCCCAUAUUUUGGUACGCUCCCGAGUCGCUGACGGAGAGCAGGUUCUCAGUGGCGUCGGAUGUGUGGAGCUUCGGCGUGGUGCUUUACGAGCUCUUCACCCACAGCGACAAGAACUGCAGCCCUCCUGCGAUAUUCAUGUCUAUGAUGGGCAACGACAAGCAGGGGCAGCUGAUCGUCUACCACCUCAUCGAGUUGCUCAAGUCUGGCAGCAGGCUGCCACAGCCCAGCACUUGCCCCUUGGAGAUGUACGAGAUCAUGGAGGAGUGCUGGGACAAAGACCCCGGCUUGCGUCCGUCUUUCAACGAGCUGACCCUGCGCAUCGACCUGCUCAGGGAUUCCAUUUAAACACAUGAGCAAACAAACACCCUAAGUGCCGCCCGCCGUCCCCUUUUAAACUUGACUGUGUGCAGCAGAGCCGCUGUGUGGCCCCAACAUUUGCGUGUGAAAAAGACAAAAUGCAUCUGGUGGAAUGUUUUUUUUUGUUGUUGUUGUUGGAAGAUUUUAAAAACUCUUAUCAACUGUGAGUAGCGUAUUGUCACACCGAAAGAUUGGAUGCUUUGUACUUGGUGUGUGUGUGUGUGUUCUCCACAUGAACAGCUAGCAGGGCUAGCCAUCACCAUCAUGUGUCUCCCCCUCUCCUUAAAGUAUUUUUCUGUGUGUGUAAAGCUACAAUAUAUAUUUGUGUACAUACAGUAUGUCCAGAAUUAUGUUUUUUCUAAUAUACAGGAGCUGGAGAUUAAAGCUCCU